AUGAAUAUUAAUCUAAUUAAAAAACGUGAUGAUAUUCCUCAAACGAAUUAUCGUUCCAAUAAUAAAUUAUUAACAAAUAAAAGGAAUGAUCUUCAUUUAAGAAGAAGAAAAGAAGAGUCUUCUAUUUCUACAUUUAUUAAAAAGAACAUAACAAAUGUAAAACAUACAAAAGAUAGACAUGUAUUUAAUAAUAAAACAACAAAGACAAAAUUUCCAGAAGAUAAGAUAAAUAAUUAUAUGCGUAAACCAAAUAUAAUUAAUGUACAUAGGAAAAAAUGUUCUGUUGAUAUUAUGAACAAAGGAAAUUCUUCUUCUUCUUCUUCUUCUUUCUCUUUUCAAGAUAGAAGAAAUAAUAUAAACGAUAUUAAAAAGGAUAUAGGAAUUGAUCAAAGUAAUAAUAUAAAAAAUGAUAAAGUUACUUGUAUAAAACAUAAUAUUAAUUUAAAGGAACUCAUAAAUUUAAAUUUAUUUGAAGAAACAAAAUUAAUAAAUCAUGAUCAAAAAGAAAAUCUUUCUCAUAUGAUAAAAGAAGGUGAUAAUAAAGUAAGAAAUGUGAAAAAACAAACGAAUAAAUAUAAUAAUGUUGAUAAUAAUAAAAAUAAUUAUUAUGCUGAAACGAUUUAUAUUGUUGAUGAACAAGAGAAGGAAGCAGAUUGUUUUCCUAAUAAUAAAUCAAAUAUUGUAUUAUCAUAUUCAAAUCAAAAAAAAGAAGAAAAUGUUUUAAAAAAUAAUUAUAAAAAAAAUGAAUCUCUUAAUAUAAACCAUAAUAAAAGAGAUGAUACAAAUGUGUGUCCUGUUAUCAAAGGGUUAACAUCUAAAAAAAAAAAUAAUUACAUUAAUAAUGAUAGUAAUAUAUAUAAAGAAAUAAAUAACAACUCUCAACAUAUACAUUCUAAUAUAAAAACAUCAAACAUUUGUAAAGAAGAAAAAACAUAUAUAAUAUCAUAUAUUAAUAAUAAAUCAAAUAUUAUUUUUAACAGUAAUAUAAAUGGUAACAAAAAUAUUCUAAAUAAUGUAAACACAUAUAAAAAUAAACAGGGUGAUAAAAUUUCAAAUAUUAAUAAAAAUGAAAUAAAAAAAAAUAAAAAAAUUAAUGAUACAUCUUUUCAAUGUAUAAAAAAUAAUAUUAACAAUACUUCUAUAGAAGAAGGAAGGCAUAUUAUUAGAUCAAAUAAAAAUAAUAAUACAUUUGAUCAAGAAAUAAAUAACGAGAUACAUAAUAAAAAGGAUAAUUAUUAUUAUAAAGGUGAUACAUCUAUUUAUUACAAAAUGAUUGGGAAUCAAUAUAAUUGUGGGGAUAACAUAUCUAUAAAUAUUAAUAAAAACAAAGAAACAUUAAAUCAAACACAGGGCAAAUUAAUUAACACCUUGGAUCCUACUAUGAACACAACAUAUAAAAACAAUGACAAAAAUGUUUUAAAAAUAAAUCAUAAGGAGGUAAGGAAAGGAUUAACCUUUGAGCAGAUGAGAAGAAAAAGUUAUGAACCCAUCUUAUACAAUGAAGUAAAUAGAAAUCAACAUAUAAAUGAAAAUGUUAAUAAUAUUAAAGAUUACAAUAAUAAUAUAAACGACAUUUAUAAUAAUACAAGUGAACAUACUCAUAAUAAUAAUUACAGUGAUAAAAAAAAAACAAGCGUACAAAAAACAUCAAGGAAUCCCAUAUAUGAAAUAAAAAAUAAAAUGAUAAAAAGAAGUACAGUAAAUCCUAAAUUAACACAAAAAAGUACUUCAAAAAAUUCGAUGGACUCUUUUUUAUUAUUUCCUAAAAAAAAUAUAACAACAAAUAAUUUUUCUCAUCAUAUAAAUAAUGAUAUAAAAUCAGCAAGUCGUAGCAACAUCUUGGUCAAAAAUAAACAAAUAGAAAAAAAAAAAAAUAACGCAAUAUAUAACAUUGCACAAAAUAAUCAUAAUAUGAAUCAUAUGGAUGAAAAAAAAAAAAAAGAAUUAUUUCUUCUUAAAAUAAAUGAUAUCGCUAAUAAAAAUUAUAAGGAUACAUAUAAAGAGGAGGAAAAGAUAAUACAAUCGGAAAAUAAAACAAUUCAAAAUAAUGAAAAAAAAAAAGAAAAUAAUAUUUAUAUUUACAAUUCAAAAGAUAUAUAUAUGGAUAAAAAUUGUAAUUUAAAAAAUAAUGUUCUUUUAUAUAAUAAUAAAAGAAAAACAAAUCAACAUAAAAACUCUUUAUAUAUGGAAAUAAAAACAAAGGAUAAUUUUAAAAAAAGUAAUUAUAUAGCAGAGGGAAAAGAAAAAAAAAAAAAUGGAUUAUCAGUAAUUAAUAAUACCUCAAAAUUUUAUUCAUAUGAACAAAAUAAUGAUAAUAAUAAUGAUAAUAAUAAUAAUAAUAAUAAUAAUAAUAAUAAUAAUAAUAAUAAUAAUAAUAAUAAUAACAAUAACAAUAACAAUAACAAUAAUAAUAAUAACAAUAAUAAUAAUAAUAAUAAUAAUAAUAAUAACAAUAAUGAUAAUAUUAUUUGCCAGAAUACAAAUAUAAAUUCAAAUAAUAAUAUAAUUGAACCAAAAAAAAAAAAACUUUUAUUUUUUAAAAAAAAAAUAAACAACAAAAUAAAUACAAUAACAAAUAAUAUAAGUGAACAAGAAGGAAAUAUAAACAAAACAUCCUUACACAAAAAAACUAUAAAUCCAAUUUAUAAUUUUAAAGAAAAAAAUAAUAAAACAGAUCAUCACACUACUAUUCUUUCUUCAGCAUAUCAUAAUAAAUUAAUAAAAACUGGUCUUAAAGGUAAACUAUCACAACUUAAAAAUGGGAAUCAAAAAACUUUUAUGAAAAAAGUCACAACUCCAAACAUUUCAACAAAAAAAAAUAUCCUAUCAGGAGCUAAGGAAAAACCAGUUGCAUGGCCUUCUAAUUUGUGUAAUAAUAAAAAAGUGCUGAAUAAUGAAAAAAAAUUAAAUAAAAACAUGACAAAUCCAAGUUCAAUAAUUCAGAAUAUAACAGAUCAAAGUAUGACAUCAUGCGAAAAUGUAAAAAACAAAAUUAAAGAUUAUAUUCUUAAAAACGAUAAUGAUAACGAAAAAGAGGAAAUGGUAAAAGAAGAUAGUAACCAUUUUAUUUUAAACAAUAAUGAGAAUGAGUCCUUGGACAUCAGUAAUGUGUUCCUAAUAAGUUGUAAUAAAAAUAAAAAUGAUGAUGAUAAAAAUAAAAAUAAUCAUAUCCUUUCACAUAAUCAUAUACACAAUGAUAAAUAUAAAAUGGAACACGAAGAAUUUAUUUCCCUAGAAAAUAAUAAAAACAGCAACACAAAUGAUGACCAUAAUAAUAAUAAUAAUAAUAAUAAAAAUAAAUCUAGUACUAGUUAUAUUAUUCAUAAUAAUUAUAUUGACAAUAAUAAUAAAUAUUUUCAUCAUACAAAAAGUAAACAGAAUGGAGAAAAAAAAAAUUUUUCUUUAAAUAUUAAAAAGGAUCAAGAAAAUAUACAAGGACAAAAUAAUUAUAUUCAUAUAGAUAUACACAAAAAAGAAAAUCAAAAUCGAAAUCGAAAUCAAAAUCGAAAUCAAAUUCAAAAUCAAAUUCAAAAUCAAAUUCAAAAUCAAAUUCAAAAUCAAAUUCAAAAUCAAAUUCAAAAUCAAAAUCAAAAUCAAAGUCAAAAUCAAAAUCAAAAUCAAAUUCAAAAUCAAAAUCAAAUUCAAAAUCAAAGUCAAAAUCAAAGUCAAAAUCAAAGUGAAAUAUCAAAAUGUGUAUCUACCAAUAUGUAUGAUCAUAUAGCAUGGGAAAAAAAAAAUGAACAAAAUGUAUUACCCAUAAGAAAUAAUUUAUGUGAAACAUCCCAUAUGAAUCUUAUAUCCAACAAUCUUAUUAAUUCACAAGAAAAUACAGGAGUACAAAAAGUAGAAGAAGUACCAAAAGUACAAGAAGUACAAAAAGUAGAAGGGGUACAAAAAGUAGAAGGGGUACAAAAAGUAGAAGAGGUACCAAAAGUACAAGAAGUACAAAAAGUAGAAGAGGUACCAAAAGAACAAGAUGUACCAAAAAAACACGGUGUACCAAAAGAACAGGAUGUACCAAAAGAACAAGAAGUACCAAAAGAACAAGAAGUACCAAAAGAACAAGAAGAAAUGAAAAAAAGAAAAAAAGAAAACCCAAACGAUCAGCAAAUUUCAAAUGUUGAAAUCAAAAAUAAUAAUUGUACAAAUACAAGUGAAAUAUUCAUAAAUACGGGAAAUAAUCCAUAUUUUUUAAGAAGCAAUAAUAAAAAGAGAAAAACGACAAGUUAUUCCAUGCAAAAGGAAGAGGAUCCUAAAAUUUUGAGAAAUCAUCAUACACAUGAAAAUAAUAACAAUAAUAAUAAUAAUAAUAAUUGUGAUCAUAAAUCUCUUGAACAUAAAAUUCAUUACAAUAAUAAUUACACAAUAAACAAAGAAUUUAACCAGGAUAAUCAUAAUAAUAAGGAUAUGUAUCCAUCCAAUAAUAAUAAAAAUAAUUCUUACAAAAAAAAAAAAAAUGUCAAAUGUACUAAUUUGUUAUCCAACUCACAAAAUGAAAAAAAAAUAAAAUUAAAAAAUUCAAAUAUUUUAAAAAAUUUAAAUGAUAAAUAUAUAAAUAGUCUUAUGUAUCCAAAUAAUACAAUACCAAAAAAAGAAGAAAUUGAAAAUUUUGUUUCAUUGUUUUAUAAAUCUAAGGAUAAAAAUAAAAGUAAAAAAUCACAUGCAUAUCAUAACAAUGAUGAUAUUAUGUCUAUUCAGAAAAAUAAGGAAAAAUAUGUUCACAUUGUUCAAAGCUUAACAAAUCAACAUAUUUUAUUAAACGAUUAUCAAACUGGUGAUACAAAUACUAAAAAUAGCUACAGACACAAUAAUAAUAAUAACAAUAAUAAUAGUAAUAAUAGUAAUAAUAAUAAUAAUCAGUAUGAUGAUCAAUAUAUUCUUGCUAAUGAAAAAAAAAUCUCUUCAAAAACAAAUCUUUUCGAUGAAUUCAUAUUGAACCAUAACAAUUCUCCACUUUCUUUAAACAAUGAUGAUCAUAUAAAUUUUAAUAACGACAAUCUUAAUAUAUCCUUAAACUCACUUAUUUUAGAUAAUUUUGAUAAAAAUCAUCACAACCUUUUUGUGAAUGACCAAGAGGAAAUGGAUUGUCUUGUUGAGAAUUAUAAAAAUAAUUCUUCUAUUAAUUAUAAGGAUGACUAUGUUCCCCUAUCUAAUCACAUGAACAAUUAUAUAUAUAAUAAUAAUAAUAAUAAUAAUAGUGAUGUGGGAACGAUAUCCAAUUUUAUUAAUCAUGAUACCCAUAAAUAUGAACAAAAUGAACAAUUAAAAGUAAAUAUGUUUAAUGAUCACAGCGAUAUAUAUGAAGACAUAGAUAAAAAUAAAAGUGAAUAUUCCAAUGAAUAUAAUAUGAACCAACUUAUAAACUCUUCCUUUAUAGAUAAUGAAAUAAUUAAACUUCUAACCUCAAAUAUACUAUUAAAACAAAUGAUUAUAAAUCAUAAUAAUCACAUAAAUAAGAACCAAUUUAAUAAUAAUGUAGAAAAUACAUCUCUUUGUGAUGAACAUAUAGAUAUAAACAAUCAUAUGAAUACAUAUCAUCAUGAUCAUAAAAAUUAUAAAAAUAAUUAUCAACAAACCGAAUCUAUAGAACAAGACUUUAAAAAUUUUAUCUGUAAAUAUAUACUCAAUAAUAAAAUAAAUGACAUACAAAAUAAUAUGCACAUUCAUAAAGAACAUGAACACGAAGUAAAUAUACCAAAUAUGGAAAAUAUAAACAAUAUAGAAAAUGUAGAAAAUAUUUUAUAUUAUCUUGAUAACAAUAAUAAUGCAACGGAAAAAUCAAAUACCACAUCUUCUAAAUUAAAAAAAAAACAUUCUUGUAAGGGGAAUUUAUAUCAAAAUGAUCAUACAGAUUCUGAUUAUUUUACAAAGUAUAUACACCCAUUAGAUAAAAACAAUUUAAUCAAUAGUUAUAAAAGUGAUGCACAUAAUAAUGAAGAAUGUAAUAUAUAUACAAACAUUUUACAAAAUAAUAAUAACAAUUCAGUGGUCACUUUGACAGAUAUUAAAAAUUUUAUACAAAAUAUAUCAGAUAUAAAUAAUGAAGAAAAUAAAAAAUUUUACAAUGUUUUUGUAAAAAAAGUAAGAGAUAAAUAUUUUAAACACGUAACAAACAAAAAUGAUGAUACGGGACAUAAUUAUAACGACACUUGUGAAUAUCGUAGCACAAUUACGAAUUAUAGCUAUAUUAAUAAAAAUGAAUAUGAUAUCAACAGUAAUAUAGACAAUAAUAUAAAUAAUAAUAUAGAUCAUAAUAUAAAUGAUUAUUUAAAUAAUCAUAUAGAUCAUAAUAUAAAUGAUUAUUUAAAUAAUAAUAUAGAUCAUAAUAUAAAUGAUUAUUUAAAUAAUCAUAUAGAUCAUAAUAUAAAUGAUUAUUUAAAUAAUCAUAUAGAUCAUAAUAUAAAUGAUUAUUUAAAUAAUCAUAUAGAUAGUAAUAUAAAUGAUUAUUUAAAUAAUCAUAUAGAUAGUAAUAUAGAUAAUAUAAAUAAUCUUAUAGAUAAUCAUAUAAAUAAUCAUAUUAACAUUGAUAAUGAAAAUAUUCACCAUAAUUAUCAUCAACCUUAUAAUUGUAAUAUUUAUAGUGAUGAUUAUGAAAUAUCUAACAAUAUAAACAAUAAUAAUGAUCUCCUUGGAAAAUAUUCUAAACAUCUCAACAAUCAUAUCAGGAAUGAAGAAAAUCAAAAUUUAUUAACACUUGAUGAAAAACACAUGAACAGGUCAGGUGAAAAUGUAACAAAGGAUCAAUGUAAAAAUAAUCAUUUUAGAAACUCAUUUAAUAAUCCUUUAUAUGAUUUUUAUGAAAGUAAUAUUUACUCUUCCAAUGAUGAUCAUAAUAUUAAAUUAAUAAAACAUUUAAAUUUAAAAGAAAAUUAUGAAAAAUCAAAAGUAAAUAAUAAAAAAUAUCUAAACUCGACUGCUUUGGCUAGUUCUAAAAAACAUAUGAACAGUGCAGGUGAUCAGGAAAAAGUUGUGCACACAUAUUCUUCUGAUGAGAUGAAAGAAUAUAACUUUUUAAAAGAAUUAUAUAGAAUACAAAAUAAUGAACAAGAAAAUAUCUCGAAAAUGUCUAUAAAAGAAAAAGAAUAUAUAUCAUUAUCUGAUGAAUAUAAAACAGGGUUUUCUCAAAAUAACAGUAAUAAAAAAAAUUAUAACAAUUAUAAAAACAUUUUCAAUAAUGAAUAUUCGGAUAAUGUAAACAAAAAUAGUUCUAAAUGUAGGCAAGUGCAUAUGGCGCCAUUUUCAUCCAUAAAUAAUAGUAGUUUUGAAGUUGAUAAAAAUAGUUAUAUUAAUAGUGGUAAUGGUAAUAUUAAUUUGGGGGAAGAAAUAUGUAUGAAUGAUAACGUAGAUAUGUCUGAAUAUAAUAGGCAUGAUAUGUCUGAAUAUAAUAGUCAUGAUAUGUCUGAAUAUAAUAGGCAUGAUAUGUCUGAAUAUAAUAGACAUGAUAUAUCUCAACAUAAUAGGCAUGAUAUAUCUCAACAUAAUAGGCAUGAUAUAUCUCAACAUAAUAGGCAUGAUAUUUGUGAGAAUGAGGAGGAUCAUACAUAUAAUAAUCAUAGGCAUGUUAAUAACGAAAGUCGUAAACAUAAGAAAGGACAUAAGAGAGAUAGUAAAUCUCGUAAUUAUAAUUAUUACAAUAUUAUGAAAAAUUAUUAUUUUGCCUUUUUUUUAGAUCUAUACAAAAACAAUGAAGACAGUAAGAAAUCUAGCAACAGUGACAAUAAUGAAAAUGACGAAAAUAAUAAUAAUAAUAAUGAUUAUAAUUUUCAUUAUAGUGUUGAUGAUAAUAGUAGUCUUACAACAGAUGUUUUGAAAGAGUUCGAUGAGAAUAGAGAAAAUCAAGAAUAUGAAGAAUUUGAAAAAAAAAGCCAUGAAGAAAUGGUAGAUAAAGAAAUGGUAAAUAAAGAAAUGAUUAAUAAAGAUAUAAUAGAUAACGAAAUGGUAGAUAAUGAAAUGAUUAAUAAAGAUAUAAUAGAUAAAAAAAUGAUUAAUAAAGAUAUAAUAGAUAACGAAAUGAUUAAUAAAGAUAUAAUAGAUAACGAAAUAAUUAAUCUUAUAAAUAACGACAUAGUUAACAAAGUAGACAUAUCUAAAUUUGUACAGAUACAUGUUCCCACAACAACAAUAAAAAAAAACGAAAGAAACGUUUCUCCUCAAGAUGAUUUUUGCAUAGCAGAUAAUUUUACAAAUGAAAAAGAUAACAAAGAAAUGAAUAAUAUAGAAGAAACAUAUGAUAGAAUAAAAGACUUCAUAUGUCAAAAUGAUACUACUGUUAUAAAAAAAAACAUAUCUAAUAAUCAUAAUUCAAUUGAAUAUUGUGAACAUGAACAAAAUGAAUUAGAUCUACAAGAUAACAUGAAAAAUAGUAACAAGAAAAUAUCAUCAAAUGAUCCUGAAGAAGCGCAAUUAAAAUGUAAUAUUUUAAGUAUGUACGAAAAAAAUAAUUUGGUAGUACCAUCAAAUAUUAUAGUUAGAAAAGAAUUUGAAGAACAUAUAAAUAAAAGAGAUCAUUUUGUAUGUGACAAUAAUGAAUAUGAUUUAAAUGAAAAACAAAUAAAUGAAGAUCAUAUAAUAAAAAAUGAUAAUACUAAUUUAAAUUCCUUAAAAGAAAUAUCUUUAAAUAUUGAAUCAAAAGUAACAAUACAUGAACCGGUAAAUAUGGAUCGCCCUAUAGAUAAUAAUGAAAAUGAAAAAAAUAGAGAAGGUGAUAUGAAUUGUACAUAUAAUGAUAUUACAAAAAUACAAUAUGAUAAAUGUUCACAUAAAGAAUUAAAUGAAAUUGGAAUUAUUAAUAAUGAUAUAGAAAAAAGACAAUCAGAAAUAUUAUAUGAAACAAACAAAUAUGAUAUAUUUUUAAAUCAAGAAACUAUUAUGAAUAAAAAUAAAUUAAAUACAGAUAUAAAUGAACAUAUUGAGAUACAUAUUAAUAAUGAGAAUAAUUAUAAUUCAAAUAAUAGAAAUGCUAUUGUUCAAGCAGAAAAAUUAAAUAGUGAUAUACCAUAUAUAACCAAUAUUUAUAAAGAAAUGCAUAGAUCUCCUGUCAUGCCGUUACGAAUCGAAGCUUUCCAUUCGUUAGAAGAUCAAAGAUUAAUAUACGGGAAACCAGAUUGGCAAAAAUUUCUAUGUCCCUUAUGUGAUAAAAAAUAUUAUCCUCCAAAUAGUUAUAUAAAAAAUUAUACACAUUAUUUAAAUGAACAUUGGAUGAAUAGAAAAAUUCUUGGAGGAUAUAUUAUUUUCCCUUGUAAAUUAAUACACGAAAAAGAAGAUAUGGAACAAAGCAAAACAAAUAUGCAUUAUAUUAAUAAAGGAAUUAAAAAGAAGAAAAAAAAAACAAAAAAAAUUUUAAUCGAUCCACAUUAUCAUUGUCCAUUGUGUGUAAAUAUGUAUUUUUAUCAUUAUAAUAUGUUGACAGAGCAUUGUUCAAAUUUUCAUAAAAAUUCUGGUGCUGACCCUUCAAGGACACUUCCCUCAAAUUUAGUACACACUCCUUUUAUAAAUAGCAAUGACUACGUUUGUUCAUUAACAAAAAUGGAAAACGAAAAAGAAAAAGAUGAAGAUAAAAGUGUGGAAAAAGUCUUAAUAGAGGAAAAAUGUGAGUCCCUAAGUAUUAAAGAAUCACACACAGAAAAAGACGAAAUUAAAGAUGACAAUAAUAAUAAUAAUAAUAAUAAUAAGCAUUAUGGUUAUUAUAAUAUUGAUGAUCAUAAAAAUAUUAAUAAGCAGGAGGUAACCACACAAGAUGCAAAUUCCUCCAAUUUCAAUCUCUUAAAUAAUAUAAUUCAAAAAAAAAAAAGAAACACAAGAAAUAGUAAAGUUAUUUUUUGUGAAGAAAUACAAGUACGUGAGUAUGACAUUGAAUUGUCAAAAAUUGAAAAAUUCGGAGCAAGUAUUGGCCCAGUUUUUACGGAUGAAGAAAAUAAAAAGGAAGAAAAUAAAAAUGAAGUAAAUAAAAAGGAAGAAAAUAAAAAGGAAGAAAAUAAAAAGGAAGAAAAUAAAAAUGAAGUAAAUAAAAAGGAAGAAAAUAAAAAGGAAGAAAAUAAAAAGGAAGAAAAUAAAAAGGAAGAAAAUAAAAAGGAAGUAAAUAAAAAUGAAGAGAAUAAAAAUGAAGUAAAUAAAAAGGAAGAAAAUAAAAAGGAAGAAAAUAAAAAUGAAGAGAAUAAAAAUGAAGUAAAUAAAAAUGAAGUAAAUAAAAAGGAAGAAAAUAAAAAUGAAGAAAAUAAAAAUGAAGAGAAUAAAAAUGAAGAAAAUAAAUAUGAAGAGAAUAAAAAUGAAGAAAAUAAAUAUGAAGGGAAUAAAAAUGAAGUAAAUAAAAAGGAAGAAAAUAAAAAUGAAGUAAAUAAAAAUGAAGUAAAUAAAAAGGAAGAAAAUAAAAAUGAAGAAAAUAAAAAUGAAGAGAAUAAAAAUGAAGAAAAUAAAUAUGAAGAGAAUCAAAAUGAAGAGAAUAAAUAUGAAGAGAAUAAAAAUGAAGAGAAUAAAAAUGAAGAGAAUAAAAACCAAAUAAAUAAAAACGAAACAAAAAAAAAUGAAGAAAAAAUGAAUGUUAAUAAAGAGGUAAACCAAAAUUAUACAAAUUCUAUAAAUAACAAUGAUCAGAAUAACGUGACAAUUCAUAAUAAUCAUCUAUCUCAUAUUUUAAAAGAUACUAUUUCAAAUUGUGAUGAUCAAACAGAACAAAAGGAAGUACAUGAACAAAAUAGCCAAAAUGAGGAAAAAAUUCUGACUUGUUCAGAAUUUUUUAAAAAUAAAGAAAGUGUAAUAAAACAAGAAGAGGAACAUGCAAAAGUAAAAUCAUCAAAUGACGAUGAUAAUAAAAUAGAGAAAUAUAAAAAAAAUAAUGGCGAACAAACAUAUGAAAUAGAGACAUAUAAUAAUGACGAUACUUUAAAGGAUGAUAUGGAAAAUAAAACAUUGGUAAGCAUAAAAAAAAAUAAUCAAACUUUGAAACAAAUUACAGUUAAUUGUAAUGAAACGAUAACCAAUGAAAAGAAAAAGGAAAAUAUUUUGAUUGGGAAGCAGAAAAAUAGUGAUGAUAAUACAAGUGUAAAAAAUGUACAUAUAGUAAAUAAUAAAAAGGAUACGAUGGCAAAAAAAAAUGCAUUGUCGUCAUCAAAUAAAACAACUAAAGAAGUUAAAAAUUAUAAUGUACAUGUUGAAGAAAAUAACAAAGAUAUAAUAAAAAAUAAUAUAAAAAAUGAACAAUUAAAUGGUAUUUAUAAAGGAUCAAUGAAAGGUGAUGAAAUGGUAGGGUCUAUAAAGAAACCAGGAAGAGCAAAUACAUUAAAGAAAAAAGAUAUACAAAGAGUUACACAAAGGAAAAUAUCAAAGGAUAUUACAAUAAAUGUAACAAAUCGUAUAUCAAAUGAUAAAUCAAAUGAUAUAUCAACAGAUUUGUCAAGAGAUAUGUCAACGGAUAUGUCAACAGAUAUUUCAAAUGGUUUGACAGAAGACACGUCAAAUGUUCUCUCUUCCCUUUUGAGCCUUAACUUGCUUUCACCAGGAGGUGAUAAAAACAUUCCAUUUACCGAUAUAAAUUAUCAGGAACAUUUACAAAUUAAAAAGCAACAAAUAACAGAAAUAUUGUUAGAAAAUAGAUUGGAGAAUAGUAAAGAACAUGAUUUUACCCCUCCAAGUAGAAAACGAGGUACUUGUAUAAAUAAACAAAUCAAUAAUAUAAAUAAAAAUAUAGUAUCCAAAUAUAAAAGGAAAAUAAAAUUGUAUUCCUCAAAGAAUGAAAAACAAAAUGAAACAAAUAUAUCUAACAAUAUAAUAGAUAUAGAAAAUGCAUAUAUUCCUCCUGACAAGAUUAAUUUAAAUGUCAAAAGUGAAAAAGAAUAUGAUACCUUAAAAAAAAUAAUACGUCCCAAAAAAAAAGAAAAAAUUGUUCCUAUAAGGAUAAAUUGUCGACAAAGUGUUCGAAUUAAAAAUAAACAAAAAGGAUAUAAUUAA